AUGUUCGCCAUUUUGUACGUUCUAAUGACGUUUGCUAGCUUAAUAGUAUCGCCAACCGAUUACCAUGGUAAAGCACCUCCAGGUAAAGUUAUUCAUUUUUAUUAAAUAUUGUUAUUGUAAAUAUUUGUUUUUUUAUAAACGUUCAAUGAUUUUCGGCUUAUUGAAAAUUCGUUAGAUUUUUUUAUUCACCGUGUUUUGACAAAAUAACUGAGAAAAAGGAAGUGAAGUACAAAUUCUUGAUAAAAUUCGUUAAGGGUGACGGUGUAUACUGUAUGUUAUAAUCAAUUUAAAAUAUAAACCCACAGAGACUAUGGAAAGUUUUUUUAUUUGAUCCUUAGUUUCACUUUUGAAUUUAACAAUAAAUGCAUUUUUAUUAUUUUAUGAUUAUUUAUCAUUGAUUUAAUGUUAUAUACAGUAUAUUAAUAUAUGAAAAUAAAUUGAUAUAUGCUAUUUUAAAACAGUCACUUCACGCAAAAAUGUUGACGUGAAAAAAUUCAACGCAUUUUUUUUUUAAUAAAUGUAUUAAAUAUUUGUUGCCUAUUGUUAUAGUAUAUUUAUAACAUGGUAUAUGCAUUUUUAAACAAUUUAAAUACUUUAAAAUACUAAAUACUUAUGUGUAAAUAGGAAAUAUUUUUAAAAAGAUUGUUUGUUGGUAUUAUUAAUCGCGGGUGCAAAUUAAAUACGCUUUAUUAAUUGUAAAAAUUAGUUUUAUGAUAUUUCGGUUACCAUAUUCGAUAUUUCGAAUAAUAUAUUAAUAUAUUUAUUAUUGAACUCCUAGGUACAAUAUUUGACCAAUCAAUAUUCGAUGUUUAUUCCAGAACAAUACAGAUCAGGUUUUCACUUUUCGGGAUCUUAGUGGGAUUUCACAUUCCGAUAUUUUUCUUUUCGAAAGUAUAUCUAAAGAUUCAGGUCUCUACUUUUUAUAAUAUUACGGCUUGGGAAAUUAUAAUUUCCAGAAUAUGACGUUCUGGGAUUUGACAUUUCAAGUUAUUACGGUCUGGGUAUUUACCUUCCGGAUUUCUACUUUCCGGGUUAUAUAGCCUGGAUAUUUACUUUUGUGGUUAUUAUGAUUCGGAACAUUACUGCCCGGGAAAAUAUGGCACCAUUUAUUUUACAAGGAGUUUGGGGUGUUAUUACUAACAAAGUACUGUACGAUAUUGUAUUAUUUUUCAUUGAAUAGAAGUCAUUUUUUCAAAGUGAUUGUGUAUCAAUUUUUUUUCUAGAUUCUGAGCGGAGCGAGGAAUGUAUUGGUUUUAUAAUGAAGUGUAUUUUUUUUCUGUGAACAACUUUUUUAUCAGCAAUUUUGCUCCGUUUUUUAAGUAUGGCACUUUUUCUGAUAGCAAAUCUGACUGAGGUGGUACUUUAAGGAGGUCAUUUUUAGAAUUAUCCUACUGUUUUCAUAUUAAAUUGGAAAAUCGGGAAAUGUAUUGUAUUAUGUUUUCAAUUUUUUUGUUUUGUCUUGAUUUAGUUAAAAUUAUUUACAGAGACUUGAAGUUUGGAGAGAAAACUUAUAUUUUCCUUUUCUAGACGAGGUAAAAUUUUCAAAACAUUGUAGUCAUUUUGAGAUAUUUAUAGACAUUUUAAUUUUACGGGAUUUUUCCACGUAAUUUUUAUUUGCUAUAGGUACUCUGUGGAAAAUAUUAUUAGACCAAACAGAAAUGCUAGACAUUUUAGCUUAUAAAUAGCUAAAAAAUGCUCAAAGUUUACCCGGUCUAGAAUAGGCAAAUAUACAUUUUUUGCCAAUAUUUUAAGUCCCUACGAAUAUUUUUAACUGAGUUACAGCAAAAAAAAAAAAAAAUUGCAAAUAACGAAACCAUUAUUUGCGUAAAAGUUCCCGUAUUUCUACGUUUUCUUCCGGGUUUGCUCAAUUAUUUAAAAGAAUAUAAAGUAAAUAAAACAUAAAACAAUUUUUUUAUUCAUCAAUUAUAGAUUCAAAAUUCAACAAAAAGCCCAGUUAUUAUUUUUCGAUUAGAGCAAGUUUUCAGUUUUAUAAGUUUUUUAGACAGAAAAAGAAACACUUAGAUUAACUUAGGUUAAAUCAAGAGAUCCCUAACUCCCAACUGAAUCUAAAAUUAAUCAAACGUAUAAUAAUACAAUAAUAAUUUAUUUUAUUGACAAAACAAUAAAAUUUAAAUUUUAAAUAAAUAUUUGUAUUAAUCCAAUAAAAAGAGAUGUCUGUGAGAUUUUGUACUAAAAUUUGAAUAGCUCACUAAUAAAACUAAAUGCGAAUUACAAAAUAACACCAAAUUAUUAUAAUAAUAAUAAUUAUACAAUUUUGAUUAUAGAUUCUGAAUCAAUUUAUCAAAAAAAUCAAUUUAAAUUCAAAGUUAAAACCGUGUUUUUUUUCUCUCCCUCGCUGUGUCGUUUUUAUAAAAAUUAUCACGUUCUGAAUACCAUAUUAGGUACAGAAUCGCAUUCACCGUCGACUCUACCCCGAAGACAAAGUUACAUACCGGUACACUACGUUACCGGCUGCCACUACGAAGUCGGAGUAAGCGUCGUAAGUAUGAUAAAAAAUGUUUAAAUUUUUCAGUAUAAUACAUUUAAUUCCGACUAUAUUACCUGAGGUACAUUAUUAUUUAGUACAUCGCAUAUAACGCAUGAUAUAACAUUAAAGGAUACAAUUCGAGAUUUUUUUUUCGCAGAUAUUCUGUUAUAAAACACAGGAGACGUAACCUGUUCGUACACGAAUGCGUUAUAAAUGUAUAGUAAACAUUAUAUAACAUAAUCUAGUACGUAUUCAAAUCUCAAUUUUGUAAAUACAAAAUAAUUGCCGAUUUUCUGCUUAUUAUAUUAUAAAUACAAUAAUAAUUAAUAACUAACGGGGCUAUAAUUAACUUAAAAAAGAUAAAACCUUUAUUGGAAUAAAAACCGUUCACGAAAAUUCGUUAGUUAUUAGAUGUAUAUAAAUUACUUCAGAAAUGAGAGAUAGCUAUAAUAAUAUGCGUAGAAUGGCUAUUAUUUUCUCAACAGAACCUGAUCGAUAAAUUAUAAUUUCCGUAGUUGUUUUCGGUAAUUUUCGGUUGUAUAUACAAUAUUUUAUCCUAUAAAUAAGGUAGAUUGGUCAGAAGAAAUAAUACACAACCAAAGAAUAGUGAUUUGAUCUCAGUUUAAACAUCGGAAAAACCGUUUAAAAAUCAAAAUCUGAAAAAACAGAUAUAGGUAUUAUUAAUCUAGAAAAUCUCGGUGGAAUUCUUUCGUGUUUUAUUUGUUUUUAUGCUUCUAUGAAGGUUCUUUUCUACAGACCCAGGGUUUUCUAUCGGUCUCAGAAGCGAAAAUAAGGAUUCUCCCGGUCAAAGCUCUGAAUGAGUUCCAGAGAUUUAAAAUGUUAGGGAUAAUAUGAUUGACGAUAACCUUAAUUUUUUCAACGUAGGGACGGGUAUACGCUAACAUGAUCCAACAGUAUGUUAAAGCCUAUGGACCACUCAAGGAUCUGCUGGCGGCAUAUGCGACUCCGAAAGGCAAGAAGAUAUACCAAGAUAGCUUGGAUUCUUGUAGGAGAUACUUCCCGCAGUACGUGAUCGAGAUGGAAGGCAUGGCCGACGGAUCGGGUGUACCAUUCGAACAGGUAAUGUUAUUCGUUAAAGUUUGAAUGAUAAUAUGCUCCUUAAAUAGUCGGAGAAAACAAAUACGAUAAUUUACAUUACGCAUAACGAACAAAUUAUUUUCAUCUUUAUAAUUUGUAUAUACAAUGUGUUCAAAAAAUAACGGGGAAACUCCCGUUAAAGGGGGAGGUCUAACAUUUUUAUUUUUAAAUUAUGGGUAAUUUAAGAUUUUUUUAUAAAACCAUACCUAUCACGCAUUUUUAUUUUGUGUCUUCAACGUUUUUCAACUCAUGAACACUUUUUUUUUUAUUUUACUGCUAUUUUGUUGUGUCAUCAACCAACAUACAUAAUUAAACAAGAAAUAUACAAAUUAAUCUUAUUAAAUUGAAAAAAAGAAAAUAUAUUUAUACAUUUAUUUUUAUUUUUAUACUUUUAAAAUACAUCAUAUAGGUCCGAUACCUAAUAAUUCCAUAUUUACUGCAAUUUUUAGAUCUUGAGCGGAGCGAAGAAGCUUAUAGUUUUUUCCAAUAAUGUUUUUUUUUUUUUAUUUGUGAACAACUUUUCUAUCAGAAAUAUUUUUUUGAUUAACUAGUGUAGCACAUUUACUGAAAAGAUAUCUGAUUAGGGUUGUACUUUAAAGAGGUCAUUUUUUGAUUUUAUCUGGAGUUUUCUAAAUAUAUUAGAAAAAUAAAUAAAAAAAAAAAAAAAAAACCGGAAGAAAAACGGGAGAACGGGAAAAUAGGUACAAUAUUGAACAAAUAUUAUUAAAGAAAAUGUUUAAUGUACAUACUUUUGUAAUACUUUUACCAUAAUAUUAAGACAUAUUGUAUAAUGUUGACAAAGCAAUACUAUCAACUGAACUCCACUUAGAAUGGUUUUUUUGUUAGUAAUGAUUACAGAUAUACAUUCUAUUUCCGUCUGUAUUCUACCUUCCCAACUUUCAACAGUGGUUGCAGUAACCAUUAUAAACCGAUAAUUGAUUCAAAGAAUUCUAAGCUAGUUACGUAUAGUUUAGUAUAACUUUAUAAUGAUGAAAGCUACGAAAACGAGACUUUUGAUGUAUUGUAGGUAUUAAUAGAAACAAUAGAAUAAUAAAAUAAAACAAAAAAACUGUAGUAAAAAGGGAAUUAUUUGGAAUUUUAUCUGAUUUAUUUUUAAAAAUACUUAUUUAUAAUAAUUUUUACAUUUCUGGACAACACAGAAUAGCUAGAAAUAAAAUUCGUUAAUAAAGUUGAAAAGUUUUGAAGAUAUACAACACAAAUGCGUGGUAUGUAUAGUUUCAUUAAACAAAAUUUAAAUUGUCCAUAACUGAAAUAAUAAAUAGUUGAGAAGUUGGGAACGUAGUAGAGGAAAAAAUUUAAUGUAUAUUUGUAAGCAACGAUAAACCAUUGUUAUCGAAAAAACGAUUGUAAGUGGAGUUCAGUUGAUAAUGUGGCUUUGUCAACAAUAUAUAUGUAUUAUUAUGGUAAAAUGAUUUCAUAAGCGUUUUAUAUUUCCUUUAAUAAUAAUUGUUUAAUAUUGUACCUAUUUUUCCGUCUUUUCUACGAUUUUCCCAUUUGUUGAGAAAUAAUGGUGUAUACAUGUACAUGGUACAAAAUAAUUGUAUUAUUACAAGUUUUGCAUUAACACAAUAAUUAUAAUAAAUAAUAAUGCUAUACAUUAUAAAACAUAAUAAUAAUAAAAAAGAUUAAACUAAUAAGCUCUAAAGAAUAAAAAAAAGGAAUGAGCACAUUUCAUAUUUAUUAUGUAUAAUAAUCUUUAAGGAAUUUUGAGUAUUUACAAGAAGUUAUUAGAAUUUCAAACAUUUCAAUUUUUAAUUCUCUUGUGAAAUAAGGAAAUUCUAGUGCGGUUCAUGUUUGGAUUUAAGCUCGCCGUUUUAACUUAAAUAUUUUAGAUGUUGUUUGUUUAUUCCCAUUAGUCCGUAUAGUCCCAUUUGAAACAGAAUUAUCACUUUCUUGAUCGUCAUAACCUAUUGUUCCGACGAACUUUAUACGGAAUGCUUCUCGUUCUGUGUUUUGAAGAUAGUCCUUAUAGUCCUUAAGUUAUAUGAGAUGUAGUCAAUGACGUAAUAAAUAACAAUUUAAAAGAAUUUAAAAAUAAUUGUGUCUGUGUUCAAUGAUGGUGUGGCACAUAUAGUAAGGAAAUAAUAUAUAUUUUCAACAACUUUUGCAGGUUGUAGAAUAUUCUCUAGUCAUACAUGGAUGUAAUGCAGCAAUACAGGAAAUAUUAUUUUCUGUCACGAAAAAUUGUAAUUAAAAAAACGAUGAGCAAUCGACAAUAUAUAUAUAUAUAUAUAUAUAUAUAUAUACAAUAUAUAUCGACAACCUAUACCUAAGUGUAAAAAUAUUUUGACAAAAAAAGGAAUGCAAACAAGUGUUUUAUUAAACAAAUUAAAAAUGAUUAUUUUUGUUACAGUAAAAUAUAGAAUUUUUUAAAAAAAAUCUUAAUGGUUUUUUUGAGUAAACAUUAAAUUGUAUAUCCCGUUUUUUUUUUUUAUAAUUUUGGUUACCCUAAAAGAACUGUAAAAAAUCUGAUGAUAUAUUUGGAUAUUUCUUUAAUUUACGCAUAAAUUAUACCUGUUUACUAUUUUUCAUUUUUCCUUAUUUAAUGAAAUUUCGAACCCUAGUUAUAACCCAAUAAUGUUAGAAUUGUUUUCAUUGUCCAAUUUUCAACACAUAUAAUGAAUUUAUGCCCGAUUAUAUUGUAUAAAUUUUAAUUACAGAACCAAAUUUCAAUAAACAUACCUAUGUUUCAGUUGUUUAUAAUAACAUUGGACGAUACGCUACUUCUGAACGUAAAUGACAAUACACCGGACCCAGGUCCGAUUGGAUGCACUUCAAUAUUAGUCAAUCAGGACUCUGCACAGGUAAAAUAGUAAUAAUAAAAAAAUAUACCUACACUACUAGAAAUGCAAAAAUCUUUAUUUCUCGUAACUUGUAUUUUAAUUUUUAAUUCUUCUAUGAAAUCUCUUAUCCAUAAGAGCUCUGGAAAGGUCGAUGAAGUGAUUAGCAAAUGUCUGGCUGAUUAACUACAGAGUAAUAUUUUUACCAUAAACCAGCAAUUUUCUCGCAAGAAGAUUUUAUGUAAAUUUGACGUCAUUUUUUUAAAAACUAUUAUUGAAUCGUUUAGCCGUUAUUUUAACACUAUUUUAAAUUGCAAUUCUCUCCCAUUUUUAAUCAUAUAUUCAAAUAGAGAUUAUUUAGACAUUUAGUACAGUUUAAAGUUCAAACCGCAGGAGUAGGGAAAAGUCUUCAAUUUAUUGUUUAAAAAUAGACGCACCAUUUAUUACUCUCCCUUACUCCUUUAAUCUGAUCGUGAACUAUUAUAUCUCAUAAACAGUAAUUCUGAUAUUAUUGUUUUUCAUAUCAAAAUUUCUAGAAAAAUAUUCUUUGUUCAAAAUCUGUGAUUGAAAGGAGGAGGAAAUGCUGUUUGAAAUUCCAAAAUGAAUACUCAUUACAGUUACAAAGAGUAGGUCUAAAAAAUUAAAAAUCGUAAAGUUAUACGAUUCCAUAAAGAUAAAAAAAUAAAAAUAUCAGUCACAUAAAAUUCUCCAAAAAAAAUUGUCGGUUCGUCAUAAAAAAAUCACCUUGUGUAGUGUGAUUCUUCUAUUUCGUGUUCAGAUCAAUUUUUUUUAAAAAACCCCAGGCUUUACAGCCUGAGUGCUUAAAAUCCAUGCUUUCCACGGUCUCAUGGUGCAUUUGUUUGUCAUUCAAGAGUAUUUACUAAAUAUGUAUUACCUGUAUUUCGACUAAAAAAAAUGUUCUACGUGGAAAAAAUCUGCUCGGGCUAUAGAUUUAUUAGAAGCUAAAUUUUCAUCACAGAUAUAAGAGAAUUUGCAUUGUGCAACAUUGGUUUUAUUUUUUCGAUAUUAAAAAUAUAAAAAAAGUUAUUUAAGUUUGGAAUACUUAGAAAUUAUUAAAUUUUAGUUUUUAUAAAAAAAAAAAUGAUCGUGUCCAAAGCAUAAUCACUUUCCUAAAACGAUCAAUGUUAUCAAACUACAGGGCUAUUGUGAUUAUUUCUAACAAAGAAUAUUUUUCAUGAAAACUAAUCAUUCAUGCAAUCGACUAUAGAUAUAGGCCCGAUUAUGGUUUUAAAUUUGACCAACUUUGAUACAGCAAUACACCGUGCCAGUCGCAAUACCUUUUGACGCAUCAAAUUCGAGUAAAUUUGUCGUCAAUCGAUGGAACGCGGAUUAGCUUCGUUGCGUGUCGUUGUUUGUUACGCGUUGAUAUGUUCACUAUGCAACGGAAUAGAUUGUAACGUGUAUCUGUUGCAAAUGUUGACUGUAGGGUUUUUACCAAUAAUUUACGAUUUAAUAUAUGACACGUUCGGUUUGGGUUUAUUAUACAGUUUUUGGGCCACACCGAAGACUCUGUAAAAGAAACGGUUAACAACUAUAUCAUAUUAGCCGCACACGUGAUCCCGAGUGAACGCGAGAAAGGUGGUAUUUUUGCUGCUAGAGAAGAGAAGUUUGAAGCACUCACGUACGUAGCACAUCUAUCUGGAUAUGCCAGUGGCCAUAACAUGUUUGGGUUAAUUUUCUCAGUCAACCAGAUAUUUGUUAGUAAACCGCUCAGUGGGAGAAUUCGUGAGUUCGAUGUUCAUCCCUGUUUCUAUCGGUGAUAAUCUGUUUUAUUUUAACUUAACCUUAUUUUUUCCAGCACGGGAAAUUGUCUGCAGGGCUUUGUUGGCCGCUAGGGCUGACUUGGAAGAAAUCAUGUUCAUUUUGAUUAACCCGGGUUGUGGCACGGCAAAUGGAUUCAACGUCAACUUGGGUUUCCUAAAUAAUCUCAAAGGAGAGCGGGAGUUACAUACAGUCGAAGUGGUCCCCGACCCUACAGGUCCAUAUUCCAAUGCCUUCUUGACUAGAUUUCCCAUGGGCUUCAACUCAUUGCAUACAAAUAGGUAUUUACUCUAUUGUAGCGUGAAACUACUAAUGAGAGAACACUUUACUGAAAUAAAGAGAAUUACUCCUUAUGACCAAAAAUUAUUUUCAUCUACGGUUUGUCAUUCGUAGUCAGACUUUUUCCAAAAAUAGAGACAAUUGUAUUCUCUGUACCCAUUAUUAUACGAUAUGCUUUAUAUAUAUUCCAACCCUUCGUUUUUUUUAUUCACUUUUUGUUCGCUCUAGAUCAAAUAAAAUUCAGGAAUACGAUUUUAUUUUUUAGUUGGAUAGAAAUAAUAAAAACUGGCUUUAAUUUUAAUAUGAAUUUCACGUUGAUGUUGUUGUGGAACGAGGGUGAUUUUUAGAUUUGAAUACCCCUACAGAACCACGGAUAAAGUUAGGUUGAUAAAAUAUUAUACAUAGACAGCGUUAACAUAAAAAAUGUGUCUGAAAGGGGUUUUAAACUUCAACUCCCUCUACAAUUUGUAUGCUUAAAUAACAAAAUCUUUUGGAAUAAGAUGUAUUCCAUUAGAGUAUUUUCGUAGUUAGUGGUUUAAUAAUAUUAUUGUAUUAUUAUAGUAUCCAGUUUUUGUUUCGGAGCUUAAACGAGGGAUUUGUUUUACUAUGAUGCGUGUGUUUUUUUCGGUCACUAAACAACUUUUUGAAAUGAAAUCUUAUUCCGAUGUAAAGAGUGAAGUAUAUUUUUAGAAAGAAAAUUGUCUUUGAUUGGUGCUUUGAGGUCAUUUUUUGAUUUUCUAGUGAGUUUUCUAAAUAAUUAGAAUAAAAAAACCUAUAAGAAAAUUAUAAGUGAAUCGGUAAAUAUUUACAGUACCCUGCGGCGCUACCGAUCAUUGUUUUUAAUUUUGAAAACUAUAUUUUCUACUAGAUAUAUUGCUCCAAUCAAAAAAUGAUAAAAGAUCGAUUUCUUUUCAUUUAAUAUCUAGCCACUGAUAAAGAAAGUAUUAUUUUGAUACAUAAAGUAUUUUUCAUAAUAUUUGGGAAAAGCCAAAAAAUAUCGGAAAUCAAUAUCAUUAUUUAAAAGUUUAAAAUUAAAAUUUUUUAACCAGAAAUCGUUAUCUAAGUUUGACAAAUUCCGAAAGAAAAUGUUAUUUAAUUUAUGUGUAAGAAAGUUGCAUAAGUUUCCUAAUAAUUACGAACAAAUUGAAAAAAUGUACUGCAAAUUUAUUCUCUACGUAUUUCUUGUCCAUUUUAAAGUCUCAUUUUGUAGUCCUCUACCCUCUCCCCCUAAGACAUUCCCUAAUAAUAAAUAUCCGUAUUACCUGCCAUCUUAUUCCUCUCUCUAUGACGUUCUAACUACGCUAGAAACUCUUAAAAAAAAAAAUCCAACGGUCCAGAUGGAAUUUAUAUUAUAUAACUGUUGCCGUACUAUUGCUUCUCUGAUUUAUAUUAUUUUUAGACUUUCCUUCGAUGAAGGAAUCGUCCCCCUGGUGUGAGAAACCAGUUGUAUCACACCUGUUCUCAAUUCUAUAGAUCCUUCUGAUGUUUCUAUAAGUAUAGAUCCAUUGCCGCUAUACGAUAAUUAGCUAAGUUCUUAGAAACCAUAAAUUAUUUCUCUAUCAAAGAAAGUUUCAACUAGAAACCGGAAAUACCGGAAAUCCAACAUUUAUAUUUUCAAAUAUAGAUUCCUUCUCCGACUGCCAACUUUUACUAUAGGAACUUUUACUGUUUGGUAAGACCAGUUUUCAAAUACUGUGUGAUAAUCUAGCAUCCAUAUUUGGCUUAAGAUUAGCUGUAGAAAUCAAUUAAAAAUCUCACCUCACGAUUUAUAUUUGCGUGGGCUCAAUCUUUAAUAUUUAAGCUUCCUUUUCAUCGUGUUAAUACCAGCCUUGUUUUUAUUUCCUAUGUUUUAAAUUUAAGUGUACACCUGAUUACCCUGAUUUACUAGCAUCUUUCUCACAUUACGUUCUCCUUCAUUACACUUUAAAUCUUUAUUAUUAUUAUUUUUUUUUUUUAAACUUUAUAUUUAUUCAUUUUUCAAAUAAACGGAUAGUGAGUCUUAUUACAAUGUGAUAAUAUAUAGAUCUGUACAAAGAAAAAUUAUGAGUUUACUUAUAACACAAAACAAAUAUAAUAUGAUUUAUGAUUUUGGUUUAGAACAAAAAUUUAAAAAAACUAAGUUCAAGGACUGCUCAUGAUAAUUAAAUAUAAAUUUAUUACUCACAGUCAUAAGGAGAUUGAUAGGGGAAUUCAUGAUAUAAUUCUUAUUUUAGAAUGUUUGGUAAAAGGAUUAGGGUCUCUAGUAUUGAUGGAAUUAAUUCUAAAUUGGAUUAAGGAGAGAGGUUCAGGAUAUCAGUAAAAUCUAAUAUUAAGUUACAUAAAGAUUUGGAGAGUUACAUCGAACGCCUGUCGUUAAGAGUAGAUGGGUUUAAAAAGCUAAGACAUUGUUGUAUAGAUCAUAAGUAGUCUAUUGAUAGUGAACUUCUAAGAAAUUAAUUGUUAAAAAUUAUGUUGUAUUGACUCAAUGGUUUCAUUUUGUUUAGUUGUAUUAUUAAUUUAAAUUAGAGGGCAACACUCGAGGUUAGAACGAACAAGAAGGCAUUAAAGUGUUUUCAGGGCGGUUGGGUUAUUGAAUGAUCGACAUGAGCAUAAUCAAACCCGUCAUAGGAUAUUACGUUGCCUCAACUCUAUUCAGUCCUAAUCGCCAUAUUAUGUAAUAUUAAAAUAUUAUGUAAUAAUAUUUUAAUCUUAAGAGGCUCUUGUUACUUCAUGUAACAAAAUAUCUCAAGCGUUUAGAUCUCAAAAUAAAUAAACGAUGAAUAAUAGACUUCAAAUGUUUGCAAUUGUUCACACUAAUGGAAUGUUUAUUUAGCAGGUAGGUACAAAUAAAUGUCUAAAUUUCAAUAUCAUAAUUCCCCAAGAUGCCUUUACAUAAGUAAAACCAAUUGACAUAUCGCUUUUAUUUGUAUGUCAUUAUUUAUUUGUUUACAAUCACGGAAUGUCAUAGUAAUCGAUCAUUAUUUUGAUAGAUCUCUUCAUCUGAUAAUAUUAUGGUUUACAUUAUUUCAAUUAUCAGUGAUUUUCUAGUAUAUUUUGUUUUAUAUUAUUAUAGUGAACUUAUAUAAAAUAAAUAGUAUUUAUAAAUGGGUAUAAACUUGUCAUAAGGCGUUGUAAUAAAUUCGGACAACAACAGCACUAGCACACAAUAUAAACAUUGUUUUUUUGUCCAUUUCAGACUGCUUCAUCUGAAAUACCCGGAACUAAACCAGGAUGGUUACCACGGCAGUUUAACUAGGGAAAAUCGGUACAAAAUAUUAACCGGACAAAUGCCAAACGAUAAGAUCACGAAUUUGGCAGAGCUGUUGACUGUACUCGGUAAUCAAGAUGAUAUGGGGGUAUAUCCAAUUUUCGGUGAUAGUGACACUGCAUAUGUGAACACAAUAAACUUAGGUAAAUACAUUUUAUACAACACUAUUUUAGUUGGAUAAGUACUUACCGAGUGCUCAUUUAGACCAAUGAACUAAGAUAACAUGAAGUAGUAACGACAAGGUAAUUAAAUGAUAGGGAUGAAGCCGAGUAUUUCGAAAUUCAGGAUAACAGCAAAAUAGUAGUAUUUAAUAUUGGAUUAAACGGCACGGUACAGCAAAACCCCGUUGAAUCAAGCAUGCGUUUAGGCUUUUUUCCAACCAAAAUUUUGAGUAAUUUUUAAAAAUAAAACUUGAAAUUUAGUUAUCUUUUAUUUUAAAAAUACAUAAAACAUAUAUUUUAUUAACAAAAUGAUAAGAUUUUUUUUAUUUUCUAAAUUAAAACUUAUGUAUAAAUAAUGAUUCUUAAAUGCUUUACAAUAGUUUUCUUACUUCUUUAGUUAAGAGAAUAUAUUUUAUAAUUAGAUUAUGUAUUAAAAUACAAUAAGCUAAUAUGUCUUUUAAAUUUUCUGAAGCUUCUAUUUUCAUAUUAUUAUCGAAUGAAGAAGCUUUUGCCGAAUCAUUUUGUUUCAAAGUAUCGAUAACGACAAUCGAACACCUAUCCAAAAAGUGUUAAGGGUUCAAUAUAAAUCUUCAUGUCCGGUUUCAUAAUUAGACUCUUAACGCUAUAUUCAUGUCGUAUAACAAUACACAGUUUUAGAUUAAGAAUGUAAUAAAGGUUGGUUUUAAAAAGAUGUUUAUUUUUUUAAACUUUUUUUUAUGAUUCUGAGUGGAUCGAGGAAUGUAUCGGUUUUAGAAUGAUGUUUAUUUAUUUUUUCUGUGUACACAAUUUUUGGCAGCAGUUUUGCUCCGAUUUGCAAUAAUAACACUUUCUCUGAAAGAAAACAUACUGGGGAGGUCCGGGAAAACUGAAAGAGACAUAGGAGACAAACGGAAAUAUAGGUACAAUAUUAAACAAAUACAUAAUUUGUAAUUAUUUUACCAUAAUACAACAUAUAUAAUGUUGACAAAGCAAUCCUAUCAACUGAACUCCUCAUAAAGUAAUUAGUUAUUACCUAAAAAAGUAACUUUUAAAUUUCUAGCUGGUUAAUGUCCAUCAUUAUGGUAAUUGUGAUGUAAAAAUAAAGGUACAAUUUUUGACGUUUUAAAUGCCAUACUGCGUUGAAUAAAUAACAAACACUGAGUUAUUAAUGGCUUUAAUGGUAAAUGCUAUUAGAUAUUAAGUUUAACAAUAACACGUUUCUUUCUUAGGAAAAGAAAAAAGAAUACUUUGUAAUGAUUUUCCCCAAUAAUUUUCAUAAUCGUAAGUUACAACACCGGGGAAAUAAUUUGAGUUUUAUAAAUUGCUCAGUUUCUGGUAUUCCUGUUUGAAUAUGAUUGGACUCGAAUAUUAUAAUGAACGUAAUAAAUGCAGUAAUUCUAAAUCUUGAACAAAAUAAAUCAAUUUAUAAUUUUUAAUGAGUUAUGUUAUUAGCGUUUCUAGAAUUAAUUUCAAAAAAUUUCAAUUAUCAUGAUUUAUGAAUGUUAUGAAUUAUGACUAUUAAGCUUGUAGUUUAUAACAAAUUAUCGUUUUUUUAUUAUUUAUAGGUGUUUUCGACUUUGAAGAAAAAACUUGGACCAUGUGGUGUAAUGAUCCACUCAGAAACCAACCUCUGUUGCAGUUACCACUAACAUUUAAGGACCUAAUUUAUCCAACAUUGGAUGAACUCAUAAUCAACAACAUUAAAGAUGUUCAACCAGUUGUACUGAACGAUAAAGAAAUAAAAUAA